CCGAAUAACCCUGUUAUACCUUUGAAGAAAAGUAUUACAAUAUCCCUUCCUGACACACCCACCAUCAGCCAUGGAGGGGAAGUCCAUACCAGCCCACCACUUUCACCAAUGGGAAGCCAGACAGAGCUCCUGUCUCCAUCUCCAACCCCAUUGUUCCCUAUAAGCACCGCUUAUUAUUCUGGGAGCCCUUGUCCUCCAAAUGGCCAGCCACCAGUGUUGCCAGAAAAGUGCCAUACUCCAGCUACAGGGGACAAAUCUGGGACUCACGGAAGACCAAGACCGCUACAAGAAGACAAGUUACCCACAAUUAAAGAUGUACAGCAGGAUGCUCCUCUGGCUGCUAACUUUGUGCAGGAUUCCUCUAAGUUUUGGUAUAAGCCAAAUAUAUCCAGGGAGCAAGCCAUCGCACUUUUAAGAGGUGCAGAGCCAGGGUCCUUCCUAAUUCGUGAUAGUAACUCUUUCCGUGGAGCGUAUGGUUUGGCCCUGAAGGUGUUUAGCCCUCCUCCCAAUAUGCCGACUCAGCCAUGCAAAGAUCCAUUGGAACAGCUGGUUCGUCACUUUCUUAUUGAGACAGGACCUAAAGGAGUGAAAAUUAAAGGCUCCCCCAUUGAGCCCCACUUUGGAAGCCUGUCAGCUCUGGUAUCGCAGCAUUCGAUCACACCUCUGUCCCUGCCCUGUAGACUGCGGAUUCCUGACAAAGAUCUGGCUGAACAGACUUCUGAUGUCGUUGUUCACACUAACAUGAGCACAGCAGCAGACUUACUGCGACAAGGAGCUGCCUGCAGUGUCCUCUUUCUUGGCUCUGUGGAUACUGAAUCUUUGACUGGUCCCCAGGCCAUUUCUAAGGCUUCCACUGCCAUCUUGACCCCGCCAAGAUCUAGCGCAACAACUGUCCAUUUCAAAGUGUCUGACCAGGGUAUUACACUGACGGACAGCCAGCGCAAACUCUUCUUCAGAAGGCAUUAUCCUGUAUCCAGUGUAACAUACUGUAGUGCAGACCCGCAGGAUCGAAGGUGGACCAAUCCAGACAGGACAACUUCCAAGGUGUUCGGCUUUGUGGCUCGGAAAGCGGGUACUGCUGCAGAGAACGUCUGUCACCUCUUUGCUGAACUGGACCCAGAACAGCCUGCAUCAGCCAUUGUGAACUUUAUUACCAAAGUCAUGCUGGGCACACAGAAGAGAUAG